UCCCAGCAUGAGGUUCCUUGUUUUGGCUUGCGCACUCGUUGCUUCUGCGACUGCAGCUCCCCAGGGUUACAGUCUUCAGAGACCCACUGGAUCAACCUUAUCCACCGGUCCUGGUCAGACAGCAGGAAGUGGACUUUCAGUCGGAUCCGGUGCUGGGCAUGGUGUAGCAGGUGGCAUUGUCAUAGGAUCUGGGCAUGGAGUUGGAAGUGGAGUUUCAACUGGUGCAGGUCUAGGAGGUCUUUCUGUAGGAUCUGGCCAAGGAGUGGGGACUGGCAUCUCCGGCGGUACUGGAAUUUUGGAACCAUGUGGGGAAGGACAAAUUCGUCAUGUGGAUGGGUCCUGUGUUACACCAGUCGUGAACAGGAAGGUAUACGUUUUCGAUGUUCCUGAACAAAAAGGACCUAUCGGUCCACCACCAAGUGUUCCUCCUCCAAGAGUUGAUCAUAACAUUCUCUUCGUGCGACUUCCCGAAGAAGGAGAAGGACCUGAACCCAUCGUUAUUCCCCACCAAGACAGGAGAACAUCGUCUAUGUACUCAACAAGAAGGACGAACAGGCUCAGCGUGUCAUCGAAGUACCAGCCCAUCCUCCAUCUGAUCCCGAAAUCUACUUCGUUAAUUAUGAAGAGGGUGAGAACCCAACUCUACCCAUUGGUGUGGAUCUCAACACUGCUCUUGUUCAGCCGCUGA